CACAGAGGGGAGGAGCUGAUGUCCACACUCCGUAUCUGUGAGAGUGCACCAUGGGAUCUGCGGUCCUUGCGAGUCUCCUCCUCUGCCUGAUGACGUCAUCAGUGUGUGCCGGAGUGGGCGGAGCCAGUCAAGGUGGCGCUGUGCUGUGUCCCCUGCAGUGUGUGUGUGAGACGCGGCCUUGGUACACUCCUCAGUCCGUGUACCACCAGGCCAGGACGGUGGACUGUAACGAGCUCCACCUGCAGAGAGUGCCGGCUAACGUCUCCUGGGACACUCAGGUGUUGCUGCUGCAGAGUAACAACAUCUCCUCCAUCACCACCGAGCUGCUGAGUCUGACCAACCUGACGGAGCUGGACCUGUCCCAGAACCACUUCACUCAGGUGAGCUCCAUGGGUCUGUCCUCCCUGGGCCGGCUGGUGACUCUGUACCUGGAGGAGAACCACAUCGAGGAGCUGGAGGACUUCAGUCUGAGGAACCUGUCCAGCCUGGAGGAGCUCUACAUGAACCACAACAAGAUCUCCUCCAUCGGACCCAAAGCCUUCGCCGGGCUCACCAACCUGCUGAGGCUCCACCUGAACUCCAACCGGCUCGUGGCCAUCGACAGCCGCUGGUUCGAGUCCCUGCCGUCGCUGGAGAUCCUGAUGAUCGGGGAGAACCCCAUCCUGGGUCUGGAGGAGAAGAACUUCCUGCCUCUGUCCCGCCUCCACAGCCUGGUCCUGGCCGGGAUGGGUCUGGCCUCCGUCCCGUCUGCAGCCUUCCUGGGUCUGGACUACCUGGAGAGCCUGAGCUUCUACGACAACCGGCUCAGGUCGGUUCCUCGGGACGCUCUGAGCGUGCUCCCCAACCUGAAGUUCCUGGACCUGAACAGGAACCCGAUCAGCCGAAUCCAGCAGGGAGACUUCCAGAACCUUCAGCACCUGGAGGAGCUCAGUCUGAACAACAUGGACGAGCUGCUGAUGGUGGAGCGAGCAGCUUUCCAGAACCUUCCAGAGAUCGCCAAACUGGAGAUCUGCAGCAACUCCAGACUGUCCUACAUCGACCCGCAGGCCUUCAGCGACCUGUCCUCCCUGCGGACGCUCCUCCUGCACAGUAACCAGCUGAGCCUCCUCUCUGGAGACCUCGUCUCCUCGCUUCCUUCCCUUGAGGAGCUGUCUGUGCACUCGAACCCUCUCAGGUGUGACUGUCUCUCCUCCUGGGGUCCUCACCUGGGCAACCAGUCCCACUUGAAGCUGCUGGAGUCCUCCAUCACGCUCUGCGCCUCCCCCGCUCACCUGGUUGGACGGGAGCUGCAGGAGGUGGUGGCGCUCGGGUGGGGCGGGGGCGGAGCCAACAGCUGCCUGCCUCACAUCUCUCCUCACACCUUUCCGCCCGCCAUGAACGUCAGCGCCGGGCAGCCGAUCACGCUGGAGUGCUGGGCUGACGCUGACCCCGCCCCUCAGUUCUACUGGGUGACGCCCACUGGAGACAAGGUGAGCUCGGAGGCCGUGGCUGCACCAAUCAUAUCAGAGGAGGGGCGUGGCCUGAGCAGGAAGAAGAAGAAGAAGCACCGUAUGUCUGAGCCUGGAGCGCUGGUGAUCGAGCACGCCGAGCCGUCAGACGCAGGUGUGUACACCUGUGUGGCGUGGAACAUGGAGGGAGCUGACACAAAAAGCGUCUCAGUGUUCGUGGACUCUCAGGGAUCCGGGGCCUCCUGGUCGGGCGGGACCAGCUGGUGGGGCGCUAACCCCGGCAGAGAGCUGCCGUGGACAGGGAACUCAUCCUCAGCUUCCCUCGUGCUGAUGGCCAAGGUGGUGCACGCCCAGUCGGUGGUCUUGGAGUGGAAGCUGUUUCCCAGUAGAGGACCUUCACCUGUGGGUCAGAUCCAUCAGGAUGCCCCCCUCCCUCUGCCUCGCUGGACCAGCGCCACGGUGCACAUCGACAACCCCCAGAUCAGUUACACGGCCAAGGUCCCCGUAGACGUUCAGGAGUAUAACCUGACUCACCUCCUUCCCUCCACCGAGUACCACGUCUGCCUCACCGUCUCCUCCUCUCCUCCCUCCUUCACCUCCCCCUCCUCCUCUCCCAGCUCCUCCCCGACCUCCAUCUCUCCCUCCUCCUCCUCCUCUCCUUCCUCCCCCGUCCACACUUCCUGUCUGAACGUCACCACCAAGGAGUCGGGCUUCUUGGUGGAGAUGGUGGCGUCUCGGCGCAGCAACGUGGCGCUGGCGGCGGUGAUGGGCUCCAUGUUCGCUCUGUCCAUCAUGGCGCUGCUGGUGGUCUACAUGGGGCGCCGCGUGCAGCAGCACAAGUCCUGCGGCCACUCGCUGAAGAAGUACAUGCAGCACGCCACCUCCAUCCCCCUGAACGAGCUGUACCCGCCGCUCAUCACGCUGUGGGAGAGCGAGGCCGAGAAGGACAAGGACGACAAGGAGGCAGAGGAGAGGGAGAGGGAACAAAGACAGUCCUCAGAGGGAACAAAGACAAUCCUCAGAGGGAACAAAGACAGUCCUCAGAGGGAACAAAGACAAUCCUCAGAGGGAACAAAGACAAUCCUCAGAGGGAACAAAGACAGUCCUCAGAGGGAACAAAGACAGUCCUCAGAGGGAACAAAGACAGUCCUCAGAGGGAACAAAGACAGUCCUCAGAGGGAUCAAAGACAGUGCUCAGAGGGAACAAAGACAGUCCUCAGAGGGAUCAAAGGCAGUCCUCAGAGGGAUCAAAGGCAGUCCUCAGAGGGAUCAGAGGCAGUCCUCAGAGGGAUCAAAGGCAGUCCUCAGAGGGAACAAAGACAGUCCUCAGAGGGAACAAAGAAAGCCCUCAGAGGGAUCAAAGGCAGUCCUCAGAGGGAACAAAGACAGUCCUCAGAGGGAUCAAAGGCAGUCCUCAGAGGGAACAAAGACAGUCCUCAGAGGGAACAAAGACAAUCCUCUGAGGGAACAAAGACAGUCCUCAGAGGGAACAAAGACAGUCCUCAGAGGGAACAAAGACAAUCCUCUGAGGGAACAAAGACAGUCCUCAGAGGGAACAAAGACAGUCCUCAGAGGGAACAAAGACAAUCCUCUGAGGGAACAAAGACAGUCCUCAGAGGGAACAAAGACAGUCCUCAGAGGGAACAAAGACAGUCCUCAAAGGGAUCAAAGGCAGUCCUCUGA